UCAGGCGGGUUACGGAAGAUGGCGAUCGAAUCUCGAUCGAUAGCGGCCAAAGCGAUGAAUCGCGCAAAAUGUUUAGGGUAUUCCCCGUUGUCGUGGCGCUGUCUUCGACGAUGACGUUUGUAUCAUUCCAUCGAUAACAUGGCGUUCACUUUGUGGACACUUUUUGAAGCAACUUUGUUGUGUUUAAACGCCAUUUGCAUCUUAAACGAAGAAAGGUUUCUUGCUGGAGUCGGUUGGGCAUCGUGGCAAAAUGUUCAGGGCUUCGGUGAACCCCCCACGGCAAAAUCAAAACUGUUGCAUUUGAUCACGUCUAUAAGGACAGUGGUUCGGGUUCCGUUGAUAUUCUUUAACAUUAUAACGAUAAUCGUGAAACUGGUGCUUGGUUGAACAAAGAACAAUUGAAGGUGUAAAUAAAAAGGACAAUUGUGCUGUGAGAAGCUUAAACAUUCAGUGAUGUACAUAAGUGAAACAAUUAAAUUCCUUAUUUUUUAUGUUUGUAUUAAAAACAAAGUGUUCCCUUUAUCAUAGCAAAAGCCACUUUACAAGAAGCAUCUUUUAUAUUUUUGUACUGCAAACUUAAGCUGGUAAUGAUUUUAACGAACGAAUAAGUUAGACAUUUUUA